AUGUAAAAAACAUUCUUAGUUUCAGGAUUGACGCUCCUUUUAACCUCAAUUGGCUCCAUUUAAAAUCACUAACCUGAUGAUGUCUCUUUGGCUUUUUAAGAAUUUAAAAAGAAAUAUUAAAAAUCUUACACAAUACCUGAGGAAAUUUUCAGAAGAGUCAUCUUUAGAUCGAACUAUGAAAAAAUCUAAGCUCACAAUUCUGACAAAACAUAAACAUACUCAGUCGACGUGAAUCAAUUCACCGAUUUUAGUUAAGAUGAAUUUGUUGCCAUCUAAUUGAGCUUUAUCCCACCUAGUGGAUGGAAACCAUCAGAUGAAGAAGUCAUUUAAGUAGGUGUUGAACCAAAUGACUCAGUUGAUUGGAGAUCAAAAGUUCGUGUUAAGAACCAAUAAUGGUGCGGUGCUGGUUGGGCCUUUUCUGCAGUUGGUGCUGUAGAAGCUUUCUUUAAAAUUAAAAAAAAUCUAGAUUACAGUUUAUCUGAAUAAUAUUUAAUUGAUUGCGAUAGGACUAAAAACAAAGGAUGUCUGGGAGGACAUCCAGAUUUAGGGAUCAAAUACAUAGCAAAUUAUGGAAUAUAUUCCGAAUCUGCCUAUAUUUACGCAGGUGAUAGAAAUUAGGUAUGUACAUAAUUAUAUGGAAUUCAUAAAAUUAAAAAUUCAGGCGUUUAAAGUAUUGAAAAAACAGGUUUAAAAGCCGCAAUAAAAGAAUAUCCAAUUACAGUCAGUGUUGAUGCCACAAAUUGGAAUCAUUAUAAAGAAGGAGUUUUCAAUAAUUGCAACAAGAAUAUCAAUCAUGUAGUUCUGGCAGUAGGUUAUGAUUCUAAAGGUAAUUGGAUCAUCAAGAACUCUUGGGGAACUACUUGGGGAGAAUAAGGUUUUAUGACCUUGAAAGCAGGAGAUACUUGUGGUGUUACUUAAAUGGCUUUCAAAGCAAUUUGA